AUGGCCAACGUGGUGCAUUUGAACGAGAAAUGGUUCUACCUGACAAAGCUUCGUCGUCGAUUCCUCGUAUGGCACGACGAGACAAUUCUGCCGCGAUACAUCCAGUCCAAGGCGCAUAUCACCAAGGUGAUUUUUCUGGUUGCCGUCGCGAGGCCCCGACCAGGAUGGGACGGGAAGGUUGGUUGCUGGGAAAUCGUGGAGCGAACGACGGCCGCCCGAAGCAGCGUAAACAGGCCGGCAGGAACAGUGGUGCUGCGGUGCGUCAAUGUGACGCGCGAUGUCUACCGCGAUUUACUCGUAAACAAAGUUUUGCCAGCGAUCAAGGAGAAAUGGCCAACGGCGAAUGAACUAGUGUACCUGCAACAAGACAACGCGCGCCCCCAUAUAUCGCCUGAAGAUGCUGCAUUUGCUGCUGCUGCGUGUGUUGGUGGCUGGGACAUUCGAAUACUGAACCAGCCACCAAAGUCCCCAGUUCUAAACGUUUUAGACCUGGGGUUUUUCAACUCUAUUCAAGCCCUUCAACAGUCGCUAGAGUGCCAGACGAUGGACGAGCUCAUUGCCGCUGUGAAGUCCGCGUUCGAUCUGUUGGCGCCGUCGACACUGGAAAGGACAUUCGCUACCUUGCGUCGUGUUAUGAAUAUUAUUGACUGCGGAGGUGACAAUAGGUAUAAGAUUCCUCGCAGUAAAACGAGCUGUGAAGACGAGAUGGCAUUAGAUAUGAUGUCCACGAGGCUUGAGGAAGAGGAAAGAUUAGAAGAGGUUGCAGACUUGUUGGGCCACAUGCGGAUAAACGAUUAA